AUGAAGACGCCCAGCCCUCAAGAUCCUUUCCCUGCCAGCUCGCCCAUUGCUGAAUGGCAGCAAUCAGAAGAGACCAAAGCUGCCCGUCGGCGUUACCUGAGUGCAGUGUUGUCUGCGGGAAGGAAGCAGCAGCUGGAGCAAGUGAAGUCCCAGGCUGCGGAGCAAAACAAGAAGCUAGAGGAGACAUCUGUCGCAGAUGUUGAGACAGGCUACGCAGCAUUGGGGGGCCAUGUCCCCAGUGCCCAGGAAACCUAUGUGGAAGAUAAGCCCCUGCGACUGCACCCCACCAGGACGUUUCUCCCUGGAAUGAAAUACAAACCUGAGGAUCUCACUUUGCCUGGUCUUGGCACCCGCCGACCUUUUGUUCGACCCGGGCCAGGGUUCACCAAUGAAGAGGCUAUUGAGCAAGCAGACUACAAGAACCUGGCGUUCUUGAACAAAUUCGUCACCAUCACAGGCAGGCUGCUGCCACGGCGACAAACAAAACUGAAGCAGAAGGUGCACAGGCAUGUGUGCCGCGAGGUCAAGCUGGCAAGACAGUUGGGUCUGCUGCCAUUCACGGGUCGGCGUGCUGACUUCCUGAAGAGAAGGACUCAGGAUUCAUGGUGA